GCCGUGAAAUGAACCGGUUGCUGUAUUUUUCGUGCGUGUCUGAGCCUCUGUGACAUAUAUAAAGCGACACGCUGCUCUGCUCUGCACGGACCAGCUUUGCUAGCUCCUGCUGAUCAUUUGCUUGUUACUCAACGACGCCAGCAUGAGGACGGAGAUGGUGAUCCGGAUGCAGGGGAACUCCUCCGAGAAGGGCCACUCCAAGGCCAUGAAGAUCGCAGCUGAAAUCGAGGGGGUGGAGUCGGUGACGCUGGCGGGGAAGGACAGGGACCUGCUGCUGGUGGUAGGCGACGGCGUCGACUGCAACUACCUGACCACCCGCCUGCGCCGGAAGCUGGGCCACGCCGACAUCGUCGAGCUGCGGACCCUGCAUGACAGCGGCAGGGGAGGGGGCGGCGGCGGCUACGGAAACUAUAGCUCUCCGGUGCCCAGCAGCUACACGCCAGCGGCGUCGGAGUACUACCAUCACCAGCCAUACGAGUACUACCACCCUCCGCCGUACGCCGCCGCCGUCGUGCACCACGAGUACUACCCAGCUGCCGCUGACCCCAACAGCUGUUCCAUCAUGUAGCACCACGUACCACUAGUGUCGUUAGUGUAGGUAAUGCUUAUGCUCUGUAGGUGGAUAUGUUAUUUUUUUUCCCCAUACAGCAGUUUCAUACUGCUAGCUUGUCUCUCAAAUCGGGGCUUGUUUCUUAGUUUUCCCCCGUUUCAUUCAUUUUGUAGUAACAUGCUUUGCCUCUGGUGUCGAUUGUGAAGCUAUUGAGGUGUGAAAUGUGAAUCCCAGUUUACUGUUA